GCUUGGACGUUUUAAAUUGAUACUUCUUUAUUGAUGCAUACAGUAUGUACAAUAAUAAGUUAUAUAUACAUUUCCAUUUUUUCCAUAAAAUUGUUUUUGUUUCCAUUGUUUCCAAAGUUUAGUCUGUGGAGCGUUUGUGAUCCUGAGGUAAGAGGUCCAGGUUCUGCACAUACAGUACAGUCAGUCAUCUUCUGUCACUAAACUACCUACCUAAACCACUAGCCUUCUGUUGACGCUGUGUUUGAAUUGAAAAUAACAAGGAGAAACUUAAAGAAGCUGUUAUGGAUAUGUGCUAAAUGAUGAGCAUUGUACAUGCACAUUUAUUAUUCAUAUACACUACCGGAGUCCAGCCCCUUUAAACGUGGCUAACUUAAAACACCAGAGCAGUGAAGACACACUGAGCAAUGGGAGUGUGCCUCCCCAGUCACUCAACCGAAAAAGGAUCCUUGGAGGUAUAGAAAGGCACUGUUAAAACACUAUAAACCAAACACACAGGUGGCUUCUCUUGUUCCUGAAAUGUCUGUAGCUGGGAGCUUAUCACCAUUAGCUGAUACAGUGGGGAGAACAAGUAUUUGAUACACUGCCGAUUUUGCAGGUUUUCCUACUUACAAAGCAUGUAGAGGUCUGUAAUUUUUAUCAUAGGUAAAACUUCAACUGUGAGAGACAGAAUCUAAAACAAAAAUCCAGAAAAUCACAUUGUAUGAUUUUUAAGUAGUUCAUUUGCAUUUUAUUGCAUGACAAGUAUUUGAUCAACUACCAACCAGUAGGAAUUCCAGCUCUCACAGACCUGUUAGUUUUUCUUUAAGAAGCCCUCCUGUUCUCCACUCAUUACCUGUAUUAACUGCACUUGUUUGAACUUGUUACCUGUAUAAAAGACACCUGUCCACACACUCAAUCAAACAGACUCCAACCUAUCCACAAUGUCCAAGACCAGGGAGCUGUGUAAAGACAUCAGGCAUAAAAUUGUAGACCUGCACAAGGCUGGGAUUGGCUACAGGACAAUAGGCAAGCAGCUUGGUGAGAAGGCAACAACUGUUGGCACAAUUAUUAGAAAGUGGAAGAAGUUCAAGAUGACGGUCAAUCACCCUCGGUCUGGGGCUCCAUGCAAGAUCUCUCCUCGUGGGGCAUCAAUGAUCAUGAGGAAGGUGAGGGAUCAGCCUAGAACUACACGGCAGGACCUGACCAAUGACCUGAAGAGAGCUGGGACCACAGUCUCAAAGAAAACCAUUAGUAACACACUACACCGUCAUGGAUUAAAGUCCUGCAGCGUACGCAAGGUCCCCCUGCUCAAGCCAGCCCAUUUCCAGGCCCGUCUGAAGUUUGCCAAUGACCAUCUGGAUGAUCCAGAGGAGGAAUGGGAGAAGGUCAUGUGGUCUGAUGAGACAAAAAUAGAGCUUUUUGGUCUAAACUCCACUCGCCGUGUUUGGAGGAAGAAGAUGGAUGAGUACAACCCUAAGAACACCAUCCUAACCGAGAGGGUGCAGCUGAUGCCCUCCAUCUGGAACAUCUGUGGUGGAGACGUAGUGACUGCCUUCGACCUCUCACCUUUCAGAACCAUCUACUGUACAACCUCAGGGGUGAGGACCUGUGUGUGCGCAUAUGCAGAGGCGUCUUGCCCCCUCAGAUUUUCCAGUUAA